GUGGAUUUUCCCCAGCUUGCUGCAGGCGGACCCUUCAAACUCAAACGGAAAGAGGAAGAGAAAGAAAAGGGAGUAAAAGAAGGAAUAAAACUGAAAAAAAGAACAGAGUUGGCUAGUUUGGGAUAGAACCCACAUGUGGUGUAAACUGGUCUGAUGUGUUCCAGUCUCCUGAGAUAGGGGGCGCUGUAUCUAAAAUGAGUCACUCAGGAGAGCCAGACACCAAAGGAGGAACCCUCCGCACUAACAGAAAGAGGGUCCAGGUAGAAAGAGCAGGGUCACCUGUACCCAACUGUAAGUCUAUGAAGAUUGAUCAUUCAAUGGGGAAGCCAGUCAACUUCAGAGAAGAGUAUCCGGGUGAUUCAAGGGCCCAGGUAGAAAGAGCAGGGUCACCUGUACCCAGCUGUGUGUCUAUGAAGAGUGAUCAUUCAAUGGGGAAGCCAGUCAACUUCAGAGAAGAGUAUCCAGGUGAUUCAAGGGCCCAGGUAGAAAGAGCAGGGUCACCUGUACCCAGCUGUGUGUCUAUGAAGAGUGAUCAUUCAAUGGGGAAGCCAGUCAACUUCAGAGAAGAGUAUCCAGGUGAUUCAAGGGUCCAGCAGUCACUGGAGUACGUGAAGCAGAAGGAUCUUGCUGAUUCACUGGAACGAGAUGAGCACAAUGAGUCCAUAAAAAGAGCCCAGCAGGCACUGAAAACUCAUCUGAAGAAGAAGUUUGAAUGCAUAUUUGAAGGUUUAACAAAGCAAGGCCACCCAACCCUCUUCAAUGAGAUCUAUACUGAGCUCUACAUCACAGAGGGGGGAAGUGGGGAGGUCAAUAAUGAACACGAAGUCAGACAGAUUGAGACAGCAUCCAAGAGACGAACCACACAGGAGACUGCAAUCCUCUGCAAUGACAUCUUUAUGCCUUUACAUGGACAACAUGACAUCUUUAUGCCUUUACCUGGACAAAGGAAACCUCCGAUCAGAACUGUGCUUACAAAGGGCAUUGCUGGCAUUGGGAAAACUGUUUCUGUGCAGAAGUUCAUUCUGGACUGGGCAGAAGGAAAAGCCAAUCAGGACGUUGAUUUUAUCUUCACUCUUCCUUUCCGAGAUCUGAAUCUGCUGGAGAAAAGAGAAUUCAGUCUGAUGCAGCUUCUGCAGCACUACUUUCCACAGCUGAAAGAGAUCAGAAGUGUUGAAGGUGAUGAAGUCAAAGUUGUAUUUAUCUUUGAUGGACUGGAUGAGUGUCGACUUCCUCUAAAUUUCCAAAGUAAUAAGUACUGCUCCAAUAUAACAGAGUCAUCAUCAGUGCAUGUGCUGCUGACCAACCUCAUUAAGGGGAAUCUGCUUCCCUCUGCUCUCCUCUGGAUCACCUCCCGACCAGCAGCAGCCAAUCAGAUCCCUCCUGAGUGCGUCCACCGGGUGACAGAGGUACGAGGAUUCAAUGACCCGCAGAAAGAGGAGUACUUCAGGAAGAAAGUCAGGGAUGAGAACCAGGCCUGCAGAAUUAUCUCACACAUUAAGUCAUCCAGGAGCCUCUACAUCAUGUGCCACAUACCAGUCUUCUGCUGGAUUUCUGCUACUGUUCUGGAGACAAUGUUGGGUAAAACAGAGAGUGGAGAUCUACCCAGAACUCUGACUGAAAUGUACACACACUUUCUGCUUAUUCAGACUAAGGUGAAGAAUCAGAAAUAUCAUGGCACUGAUGAGACAGACACAAAGAUGUUAGCAUCAGAUACAGAAAUCAUCCUGAAACUGGGGCAGCUGGCUUUUCUACAGAUGGAAAAGGGCAAUCUGAUAUUCUAUGAAGAGGACCUGAAAGAGAGUGGCAUUGAUGUCAGUGAAGCUUCGGUGUACUCUGGGGUGUGCACAGAGAUCUUUAAAGAGGAGUGUGGGUUGGGUCAGGAGAAGUUCUACUGCUUUGUGCAUCUGAGCAUUCAGGAGUAUCUGGCUGCCCUGUAUGUAUUUCAAUCAUGUGUAAAUGAGAACAGAAAUGUACUCAGAGAAGAAGAAUCAAAACCUCACAGUGACAGACUGGAGCUGUCUGAGUUACAUGGGAGUGCAGUGGAUCAGGCCGUGAAGAGUAAGAAUGGACACCUGGACCUUUUCCUCCGAUUCCUUCUCGGCCUCUCUCUGGACUCCAUUCAGACUCUCUUAGAAGGACUACUGACAGAGACAGAAAGCAGAUCAGAGGAAAUUAAGAAAACAGUCCAGUACAUUAAGGACAGGAUCAGAGAGGAAUCUUCAGCAGACAGGAUCAUCAAUCUGUUCCACUGUCUCAAUGAACUGAAUGACAACUCUCUAGUGCAGGAAAUCCAGAAUUCCCUGCAAUCAGGAAAACUUUCUGAUAAAGAGCUGGAACCAGACCAAUGUUCAGCUCUGGCCUAUGUGUUACUGACAUCAGAGGAGGUCCUGGAUGAGUUUGACUUGAAGACAUACAACACAUCAGCAGAAGGUCAUCAGAGACUGGUACCAGUAGUCAGGAACUGCAGGAAGGCCAUACUGAACAGCUGUGGCCUCACAGAGAAGUCCUGUGAUAUUGUGGCCUCAGCUCUCCAGUCAUCAGACUCACCCCUGAGAGAUCUGGACCUCAGCUCCAAUAACCUGGGAGAUUCAGGAGUGGAGCUACUCUGUGCUGGAUUGAGGAGUCCAAACUGUAAACUGCAGAGACUGGACCUCAGCUACAAUAACCUGGGAGAUUCAGGAGUGGAGCUGCUUUGUGUUGAACUGAUGAGUCCAAACUGUGAACUACAGAGACUGGGCUGCAGCUUUCUUUCACUCUGCAGUCCGCCAGGUGAGCAGUCAAACACUGUGCAGCUGCAGCCGAAUCUGCAGCGCCUGUCCGGAGGAGUCACGGCUGCGCAGCCAGGUGAGCCACGCCCAGCCUGCCGAACCCCUCCCUCCCUGGGCGAUUCUGCCGCCAGUUAUGUGUCAGAUGGCGGGAGUUCUGACCACACUUGGUCCAAACAAGACAGGAUUAAGAUCUGACAUCAUCACCCAAAGAAUCAGUUUCUUCCGGGGGACAGGCGUCGAUCUGGAGCUGAUCCAACUGCACGUGGAGAAGAGUGGUCAGUCUUAUGGAAAAGAGAAGAAUAAGAAAUAUAGUCAUUGGGCAGGUCAGAAUAUUUGUGAGCCAACCAGGAGAGAGAGAGGGGCCUGUGUGCAAUAUGGGAUAACCCCAGCAGAAUAAACCUAUGGCAGCAUAGCUAAAGGAGCAAAGGGUAAGGGCCAACACAGUCAUGCAGGCAGCCCUGACACAGUCUUACCACAGAGACUCUAUGCAUCUGUCCAGUGACAUCACUGACAGCUCAGUCUAACAGACUCUAUGCAUCUGUCCAGUGACAUCACUGACAGCUCAGUCUAACAGACUCUAUGCAUCUGUCCAGUGACAUCACUGACAGCUCAGUCUAACAGACUCUAUGCAUCUGUCCAGUGACAUCACUGACAGCUCAGUCUAACAGACUCUAUGCAUCUGUCCAGUGACAUCACCGACAGCUCAGUCUAACAGACUCUAUGCAUCUGUCCAGUGACAUCACCGACAGCUCAGUCUAACAGACUCUAUGCAUCUCUCCAGUGACAUCACUGACAGCUCAGUCUGACAGACUCUAUGCAUCUGUCCAGUGACAUCACUGACAGCUCAGUCUAACAGACUCUAUGCAUCUGUCCAGUGACAUCACUGACAGCUCAGUCUAACAGACUCUAUGCAUCUGUCCAGUGACAUCACCGACAGCUCAGUCUAACAGAGACUCUAUGCAUCUGUCCAGUGACAUCACUGACAGCUCAGUCUAACAGACUCUAUGCAUCUGUCCAGUGACAUCACUGACAGCUCAGUCUAACAGAGACUCUAUGCAUCUGUCCAGUGACAUCACUGACAGCUCAGUCUAACAGACUCUAUGCAUCUGUCCAGUGACAUCGCUGACAGCUCAGUCUGACAGACUCUAUGCAUCUGUCCAGUGACAUCACUGACAGCUCAGUCUGACAGACUCUAUGCAUCUGUCCAGUGACAUCACCAACAGCUCAGUCUAACAGACUCUAUGCAUCUGUCCAGUGACAUCACUGACAGCUCAGUCUAACAGAGACUCUAUGCAUCUGUCCAGUGACAUCAUUGACAGCUCAGUCUAACAGACUCUAUGGCUUAUUUCAGCCACCCGGCUCUCUCAACUAUAAGGCUAUAGGCUCUAUUUUAACGAUCUAAGCGCACGGUCUAAAGUGCAUGGCGCAAGUGCAUUUAGGGCGUGUCCAUAUCCACUUUUGCUAGUUUAACGACACAGGUGAAAGGAGAUCAGUCAGGUACACAGGUGAAAGGAGAUCAGUGAGCUACACAGGUGAAAGGAGAUCAGUCAGCUACACAGGAUUAAAUUAGAUCAGUCAGGUACACAGGUGAAAGGAGAUCAGUCAGCUACAUAGGUGAAAGGAGAUCAGUCAGGUACACAGGUGAAAGGAGAUAAGUGAGGUACACAGGUGAAAGGAGAUCAGUGAGCUACACAGGUGAAAGGAGAUCAGUGAGCUACACAGGUGAAAGGAGAUCAGUGAGCUACAUAGGUGAAAUGAGAUCAGUCAAGUACACAGGUGAAAGGAGAUAAAUGAGGUACACAGGUGAAAGGAGAUCAGUCAGGUACACAGGUGAAAGGAGAUAAGUGAGGUACACAGGUGAAAGGAGAUCAGUCAGCUACACAGGUGAAAGGAGAUCAGUCAGCUACACAGGUGAAAGGAGAUCAGUGAGCUACACAGGUGAAAGGAGAUCAGUCAGCUACACAGGUGAAAGGAGAUCAGUGAGCUACACAGGUGAAAGGAGAUCAGUGAGCUACAUGGGUGAAAGGAGAUCAGUCAGGUACACAGGUGAAAGAAGAUCAGUCAGGUACACAGGUGAAAGGAGAUAAGUGAGGUACACAGGUGAAAGGAGAUCAGUCAGCUACACAGGUGAAAGGAGAUCAGUCAGGUACACAGGGGCUAGCACAUAAUAGUGUAAACCGAUAAACAGACAACAUAAAGCCAUAAAUUAGAGCAAUCUGAAUUAGUG